AUGGCUACCAAGAAGAAUCUCUUGCUGUUGUUCGACCGUCCCACUGAACCCGUGUUCAUGGAGAAGGGCAACAAGACCGUAUUCGAUGUGCCCGACAAGUUCUUAACCGAUCGCUAUCGACCCAUUGGCAAUGAAGUGCAAAGUCGUUUCGGUGAAAGUGCCGAACAACGUAUUCCCGUUAGGGACAUCAGUCUGCCUGAUCUUCGUAUUCCCAUGUCCUUGGGUCGUGAUGAACAAUUCUCAUUGUUCAUACCACGUCAUCGUCGCAUUGCUGGUCGUUUGAUUGACAUCUUUAUGGGAAUGCGUACCGUAGACGACUUGAUGAGUAUUGCCGUGUAUGCUCGUGACCGUGUCAACCCCAUCCUCUUCAAUUAUGCCUUGUCAGUGGCAUUAUUGCAUCGUCCUGAUACCAAGGGUGUGGAUUUACCAUCAUUUGCUCAGACUUUCCCCGACAAAUUCAUCGAUUCACAGGUCUUCCGUCAGAUGAGAGAGGAAGCCACUGUUGUGCCCGAAGAUUCACGAAUGCCCAUUGUCGUUCCCAGAGAUUAUACUGCCUCGGAUUUGGAUCCCGAACAUCGUUUGUGGUAUUUCCGUGAAGAUAUGGGCAUUAAUCUACAUCACUGGCAUUGGCAUUUGGUGUAUCCCUUCGAAGCUGGAGACCGUAGAAUUGUCGACAAGGAUCGUCGUGGUGAAUUGUUCUACUACAUGCACGAACAAGUUUUGGCUCGCUACAAUAUGGAACGUUUCAGCAACAAUUUGGCUCGUGUUACACGUUUCAAUAAUUUCCGUGAACCCAUUGCUGAGGGUUAUUUCCCUAAAAUGGACUCUCUGGUUGCCAGUCGUGCUUGGCCACCACGUUUCGAUAACACUACUCUGAAGGAUUUGAAUCGUGAGUUGGAUCAAAUUAACUUGGAUAUUGCCGAUUUGGAAAGAUGGCGUGAUCGUAUUUUCGAAGCCAUCCAUCAAGGAUUUGUUGUGGACAGCAGCGGUAAUCGUAUCCCAUUGGAUGAAAAUCGUGGUAUUGAUAUUUUGGGCAAUAUGUUGGAGGCCUCGAUUAUCUCGCCAAAUCAAUCGGUAUAUGGUGAUUUGCACAAUUUGGGUCAUGUCUUCAUUUCGUAUUCUCACGAUCCCGAUCAUCGUCACUUGGAAUCAUUUGGUGUUAUGGGUGAUUCUGCCACAGCUAUGCGUGACCCUGUCUUCUACAGGUGGCAUGCAUACAUCAAUGAUAUUUUCGAAGAACACAAGACCCGGUUGACACCCUACACCUUGCCUCAGUUGCAAUAUAAUGGUAUUUCCAUUGCUGGUGUUCAGGUUAGCUCCGAUGGUGGCAGACCCAAUGUGCUGUCCACCUUCUGGCAGCAAUCGGAUGUUGAUCUCUCUCGUGGUAUGGACUUUGUACCACGCGGCAAUGUUUUCGCACGUUUCACCCACUUGCAACACACUCCAUUCACCUACACCAUUAAUGUGAACAACGCCAGUGGUGCUCAACGUUUUGGUACGGUGCGUAUAUUCUUGGGUCCCAAGACCGAUGAACGUGGCCAGCCAUGGAUGUUGAGAGAUCAACGUUUGAUGAUGGUUGAAUUGGAUAAAUUCAUUGUUCAAUUGAAUCCUGGCCAAAACACCAUUAGACGUCGUUCGAGCGAAUCAAGUGUGACAAUUCCAUUCGAACGUGUUUUCCGUAAUUUGGAUGCCAAUCGUCCAGCUGCCGGCACCGCCGAAGAAUUGGAAUUCAAUUUCUGUGGUUGUGGUUGGCCCGAACAUAUGUUGAUUCCCAAAGGUUUGCCCGAGGGUAUGCAAUGUGAAUUGUUCGUUAUGGUCUCCAAUUAUGAAGAUGAUCGGGUUGAUCAAACUUUGGUCGGCUCCUGCAGUGAUGCUGCUUCGUACUGUGGCGUUCGUGAUCGCCUCUAUCCUGAUCGUCGCCCCAUGGGUUAUCCAUUCGAUCGUUUGCCACGCCAAGGUGCUGAUCGUUUGGUCAAUUUCUUGACACCCAACAUGAGCCUGGUCGAUGUCGUUAUUCGCCACGAGCCCAACAAGACUGUUGUGAGACAACAAUAA